AUGGAUGCCAAUAACUGGAGGCCCACCGGCCAAGGUGCAGAACCUACAAUGGAUGCUGGUGAUUGGAGAGCUCAGUUGCAGCCUGAUUCGCGGCAGCGAAUUGUCAACAAGAUGUGGAAUGGAGACAUUAAAGAAGACAUCAUUCCAUUUUCUAGUCCAGAGUGGAUUGGAAGAACUCAGAAUUGGCAGUUGCGGUUUUUGAAGGAAAAAGAUUUUAACUGCUGCUGCAAGCCAGGUAUGCCUCUUAAUGAUGAACCGGAUUAUCUACGGAAAAUUUCUUUGAAGAUGCUUACAAUGGAGUCCAAGUCUGAAAAUCCUAUGCCGAAUUCUUUACCACCCAAUGCAUCUGGCAAUAGCAACAGAGCCCCUGAUCCAGGAGAUGCAAAGAAAGCAGAGUUGGAAGAACUUACAAGAGAAACUAUGGAGCUUAACUUAGAGCCGGAGGAAUUGUAUAAAGAUGUUGAAGUUGUUGUUUGUACUUCCUCAUCUAAAUUGUAA